AUGUCAGACAUCAAUAUGCAAUGGAAUGCCUGUGAAAGAGAGAAGAUAUUUAAAUGCCUCAAGUGUGGAAAAACAUUUGGAUGGAAGAACUGCUUUACUUCCCAUCAAACAAUUCACACAGGGGAGAAACCGUAUAAAUGCCAGGAGUGUGGAAAACGGUUUGGGAGGAAGUAUAGCCUCACUAUCCAUCAAAGAAUUCACACAGGGGAGAAACCGUAUAAAUGCCUGGAGUGUGGGAAACGCUUCAGUCAGAAUGGAAAACUUACUAUCCAUCAAAGAAUUCAUACAGGGGAGAAGCCGUAUAAAUGCCUGGAGUGUGGGAAAUCCUUCUAUCAGAGAGGAAAGCUUACUCACCAUCAAAGAAUUCAUACAGGGGAGAAGCCAUAUAGAUGUCUUCAGUGUGGAAAAACCUUCAAUCACAGUGGAAGCCUUACUUAUCAUGAAAGAAUUCACACAGGGGAAAUGAAAUAUAAAUGCCAGGAUUGUGGGAAAAGCUUCAAUCACUGUGGAAGCCUUAUUUCCCAUCAAAGAAUUCACACAGGGGAGAAACCAUAUAAAUGCCUGGAGUGUGGGAAAUGCUUCCGUAGGACUGGAAACCUUACUACCCAUAAAAGAAUUCACGCAGGGAAGAAACCAUAUAAAUGCCUGGAGUGUGGAAGAAGCUUCACUCACAGUGGAAACCUUACUUCCCAUCAAAGAAUUCAUACAGGGGAGAAAAAAUACGAAUGCCUGGAAUGUGGGAAAAGGUUCAGUCAGAGUGGAAGCCUUACUUCCCAUCAACGAAUUCACACAGGGGAGAGACCAUAUCAAUGCCAGGACUGUGGGAAAACCUUUAGUAAAAGUGGAAACCUUACUUCCCAUCUAAAAAUUCAUACAGGGGAGAAACCAUACAAAUGCUCAGAGUGUGGAAAGAGUUUCAGUCAGAGCUCAGGCCUCACUUCCCAUCAAAGAAUCCACACAGGGGAGAAACCAUAUAGAUGCCUGGAAUGUGGGGAAAGCUUCUGUUGGAGUUCUCACCUAAGUUACCAUAAAAGAAUCCACACAGGGGAGAAGCCAUAUAAAUGCUCAGUGUGUGGAAAGAACUUUCAGAGCAGCUCACACCUUACUUCACAUCAAAGGAGCCACACUCCAGAGAAAGGAUAUAAAAACAGUGACUUUGAAAGAAGCUUUAGUCAAAAUUCAGACCUUGCUACCCAUCAGAGAAUUCACAGUGGGGAGAAACCAUAUAAAUGCUCGGAGUGUGGAAAGAGCUUCAGUCAAAGCUGCGGAUUUAUUUAUCAUCAAAGAAUUCACACAGGGGAGAAACCAUAUACAUGCCCAGAGUGUGGAAAGAGCUUCAGAGUCAGUGCUAGCCUUGUUUACCAUCAAAGAAUUCACAGUGGUGAGAAACCCUAUAAAUGUUACGAAUGUGAAAAGAGUUUCCGGAGCAAGUCAGACCUUGCGUCCCAUCAAAGGAUUCACACAGGAGAGAAACCAUAUAAAUGUUCAGAAUGUGGGAAAACUUUCAGUCAGAAGCAGAACCUCACUACACAUCAAAAAAUCCACAGUGGUGAGAAACCCUAUAAAUGUUACGAAUGUGAAAAGAGUUUCCGGAGCAAGUCAGACCUUGCGUCCCAUCAAAGGAUUCACACAGGAGAGAAACCAUAUAAAUGUUCAGAAUGUGGGAAAACUUUCAGUCAGAAGCAGAACCUCACUACACAUCAAAAAAUCCACAGUGGGGAGAAACCAUAUACAUGUUCAGAGUGUGGGAAAAGCUUCAGUCACAGCUCUGGAUUAACUUAUCAUCAAAGAAUUCACACAGGGGAGAAACCAUAUAAAUGCUUGGAGUGUGGAAGGAGCUUCCAGAGCAGCUCAAACCUUACUUCCCACCAAAGAACCCACACUGCAGAGAAACCAUAUAAAUGCAGCGAGAGUGGAAAGUGCUUCAGUCAACAGAAGCACCUCACUUCCCGUCAAAGAACCCACAAAAAGGACAAACUUUAG